AUGGCGCUUCUCAUCUUUGCCGCUUCGCUGCUGACACUCGCACACGCCUUGGGCCCAAAAGCGUCUUGCACCGUAGGGGAGCACUGCGCCGCAGGAGAGCAGGAUGACACCGGCAUGCUCCAGAAGGGCUCGCAGAUGAUGCAGGUGAAUCGGCAUGAGCAAAUGAGCGUGAAGACGACGCCCACGAACGAUGCCGAGUGCGAGGCCGUGCCGGGUAUCAAUACGGACGAGCCCAUCGUGUACGACUCCAGCUGCCCCGGCCUGUGCUGCUUCGAGGACCAGCCGUGCAGGUACAACAACACGGGCUGCUACUCCGCAGCUUUGGCGCAGCAGAAGGUGAGGACGACGCCCACGAACGACGCCGAAUGCAAGGCUGUGAAGGGCAUCAACACGGGCCUGCCCAUCGUCUACGACUCCAGCUGCCCCGGCCUGUGCUGCUUCGAGGACCAGCCGUGCAGGUACAACAACACGGGCUGUUACUCCGCAGCCUUGGCGCAGCAGAAGGUGAGGACGCCCACGAACGACGCCGAGUGCAAGGACGUGGAGGGUAUCAACAUGGACCUGCCCAUCGUCUACGACUCCAGCUGCCCCGGCCUGUGCUGCUUCGAGGACCAGCCGUGCAGGUACAACAACACGGGCUGCUACUCCGCAGCCUUGGCGCAGCAGAAGGUGAGGACGACGCCCACGAACGACGCCGAGUGCGAGGCCGUGGAGGGCAUCAACACGGGCCUGCCCAUCGUCUACGACUCCAGCUGCCCCGGCCUGUGCUGCUUCGAGGACCAGCCGUGCAGGUACAACAACACGGGCUGCUACUCCGCAGCCUUGGCGCAGCAGAAGGUGAGGACCUGCCCCGGCCUGUGCUGCUUCGAGGACCAGCCGUGCAGGUACAACAACACGGGCUGCUACUCCGCAGCCUUGGCGCAGCAGAAGGUGAGGACGCCCACGAACUACGCCGAGUGCAAGGGGAGAGCUGCUGUGUAUCAUGGGUGA